ACGAGGAAAGGACGCGCGGGCAGCAGAGGGAGGGGCGAAUUAAAAGAAGAAAUACAAAUAAACUUGGGUUAAAUGUGAUUCCGGCUAUAGGUAGGCUGUAAAUAAUGAUAGGUUCACGUGACGCCUGGCGGGAGGCAGAGAGGUAAACGUCCGGGAUAUUUACACACACGCACACAAACACACGGGCUGAACGGGAUGCCCGCGUGACUGCAGGAAGGAAAGAGGCGGCGGAGGUGGAGGAAGAGGAGGAGGGGGUCUUUAGGUACGUGUGUGGACCGCCGCAAAAACCCCUGAGGUGGAGUUUGCCAAAGAUCGAAACCCGUGGGGCAAGAUUCAUUCCAGCCUGGCUAUUUUCGGUACAGUUUGAAAAUCGAUGGAGGAUAUUUAUUUCCUGUUCAUGUAAAGGUAAUUAGUCCCGCUUCCCGAACGAACCGAUGUGAUCUUGGCGCUUUGAUCUUCACACCGUCUUUUCUUCCUCCGUGACGGGAUGAGGACCUAAGAUAAGGUCGCGGAAGGAGGGAUCGCAUGCUUUUAGAAGUAGAUUCUCCUCCUGACUGGACACACGGACUGAGCGGCUCAUGUCAUCUCUGCUGGGGCGGGUGGGACUACGAGGGAUCAGCGGGCUUUCUUCUUUGGGAUGCUUUAAUAUUUGCGGCCUGCUCGGGUCUCCAGUUACCGCAAUGCCACUGGCGAGAGAGGGGAGAAGUGGAAGGCAGAGGAUGGAGAAGGGGGAGCAGAAAGAAAGCAAAUGAGUAUACCACUGAUGUGUAGACUGAACAAAACUCAUCCCAUUUGUGUGACUGUGUUCUAAUCUGAGAAUGGCUGAGCAGGAGAAUGGUGUAGACUGCACUCUAUAGGCUGUAGUGGCCUGUGAACUGCAUGGGGUGAAAGAGACACUGUAUUGACUGAAGCAAUGUUAGUAUCAUGGCUCAAACGUCAAAUGAGGUGAGUACGGUGGCUGUGAGCGUGUAGCGCCUGCUCAAUUCUCAGCUUUCUGCUGACAACGUUCUUGGACUCACUCGCUGGACUAUAGUGCGCACCAUGGGACAUUGCGCAGAACCCGCGGCACCUGCCAGUGGAGAGCUUGGUGCAUAAUUGUGACGGAGCGGAGCUCUAAAGCCAGCAUUUCUGUUUCCUACUUCUGCUCUCCUGCACUUCUACCCACACAACUGAACUUUGCUUUAUGAACCCCGAGUAAGCGUGAAACCUCUCCCAGCCUCUUGCACACACACACACACACACACAAGCCUAACAUGCCUUCACCAUCAGACUCCAGCAGCGUGGCUUCGGCCUCAGGCUCUCGAGGCUGGUCAGACAGUCGCAGGGGCAUGUCAGGCCGGGGGCCUGGUGGGGCACGGCUACUCCUGUACCUGGGGCUGUGCCACCUAGGCUUGGGGGCCAUGGUAUUGGCCUUCUCUUUCACCAGCAUGGCCUUCACUUCUUCAGCCCGCGUGAGACAAUCCUGUCCAUUCUGGGCUGGCUUCUUUGUGGUGGCAUCAGGGAUAGUUGGAAUAAUCUCCUGGAGGAGACCUCUGACUCUGGUGGUGUCACUGUUCAUGCUGCUGUCUGCAGUGUGUGUGAUCCUCAGUCUGGCCGGCUCCAUGCUCUCCUGUCAGAAUGCACAGAUGGUCAAGUCUAUGCUCACCUGCCAGAUGGAGAAUGGUCUGUGUGCGUGUUGUGCAUCCACUGAAUCCUGCUCCAUCACAAAGGAGGAGACGCUGCUCCUCUACCACAGUGUUGACUGUCACUCAGUUAGACAUCAACUGAAGGAUCUUUUGUUCAGCGCAUGUGGUCUUAGCAUUCUCUCCACCAUCAUCUGUACUCUGUCCACUGUGACCUGCAGUAUCCACAUAUUCUCUCUGGACCUUGUGCACCUGCUGGCUCCACAUCGCUCUCGCUCAGUCAACCCAGAAUGCACCACUCCUCAGGACGCCUUCCUCACCAACAUUAUGGACUUUGAGGAGUUUGUCCCACCCAUUCCUCCACCUCCCUACUAUCCUCCUGAGUACACAUGCAGCUCUGAAACAGAUGCUCAAAGCAUCACCUAUAACGGCUCCAUGGAGAGCCCUGUUCCUCUCUACCCCACUGACUGCCCCCCUCCUUACGAAGCUGUGAUGGGACAAAGAGCUGCAAGCCAGGCAACAGUGUAUGACCCCCACGGCACUGAGCUGUCUGGAGAGAGAGGAACUUCUACUGCCUUUAGUGGAGAAGUGUCCAUGGACAGUGGAUCUCUAUUGAUGUCAGAGAUUGUGGACAUCCCUGAUGACUCCUCCCCCUCUGAGGACUCCUGCCUGAUGGAGGUUGGUCUGAGGAACCAGGGAGACAGGGGCAACAGGCCAGUCGGUGAGGGGGGAGACAGAGGAGAUGGUGGGGAGCGCACCAGCCUUCGUGGUCCCCCAUCUCAAACACCAGAGAGUCCUCUGGCAGGAGGACCAAGAGCUAGACACUUCCUCAGAGGAGAAAGGUCCAACUCCUGCUCUUCACCCAGCACAGCGACCACCACAUACAGGUCUCCAGUGCUGCGUCGCCAGGCCAUGCUAGCUAGUAGCUGUUCCCAGCUGGAAGCAAUAGUAGUUUCUGCCUCCCAACAACGAUCUUCCACCCCAGAGUUCCGAGUUCAUCACUCCAUUCCCUCACGGCGAGGAGCUGCCCCAGCCUCCUCUGCUGGUCCGACUUCAUCCUCCUCAGCUGCCAGUGAACAGUCUGGUGGGCAGUGUAAUGGACCACUCCUCCCAGGUCAACCACUUUACCUCCAGCGAAGGGCUGGGAAGAGUGACAAAGACGGAGAAGGUGCAAGAAGGGACAGCGAAGGGCUCCUACGUCUUGUGAGGUCACACAGUGAACCAGGCCUCGGCUCCUCGACUGAUACGGUUGACUUUGGCUCUGGAUGCAGCAAAGUAUCUAUAGAGACAGGUCCAUCCUCUGAGGCAUGUCUGUUGCCCCGCACCUCUAUGCCUCCUGCUACAGCUCUGCCAAGGAAAGGGAGCAUGAAAUCAGCAGCCGCAGGGGUGCAGGUACCCUCCAAACCUCCUCCAACCUCACCACUACGUUUACCUAAAGACUACCACCGUUCCCUGGGAGACCUAAAGGUGACUCGGGGUCUGGUGGCUCGCUUCCUGCAGCGCUCCAAACGCAACCUAUCGCCCUCCUCUGAGUAUGUUGGGAGCACAGGACAGGGGCCUAAGAGGAGGAGUGGAACUGAGGGUGCUGUCACCAACCACUUGCCCUUGGAACAGCAUCAUCCCCAGGUGUUGCUGACCCCUUGGAACACCAGUCGAGGACAAGCCAACCACCACACCCAUCACCCUCAUCGCCGUGGACACCACCACUCCCAUAGUGACAGUAGAUACAACCGUCAUCACAACAGAGUGCCAGAGGGGAUCCACCUGCGGAGCUGUGGAGAUUUAAGCUCCUCCUCCUCUGCGUCACUACGCCGACUGGUGACACCCCAUCCACCGCAUGGGUCAUCAGGAGCUCUGUACUCAGAGUCUGCACUGUGAGAAGAAGAGGGAUAAAGGAGGAAAAUAGGAAGCAUGUGAGUGGACAGAGUUGUAUAGAAGAUGGGGAUGGAAGGAAAUAUGGCAGUUUAAUGGAGGUAUAUAGAACUGAAAACAUGGAAGUCUUCCCUCCUCUUCCUCCUUGUCACCUCCGUUUCCUGAAGCCAACUGUGCAAAUGGCCUUAUUUAGUGGUGCUCUUUAUCACUCUGAACAUCAGCCCAGAGCUCACAAUAUUCCAUUUUUCGACAUCAGUGAAUUGGUCACUAGAUGAUUAUUUCUGGGCAAGCACGGUCUCUGUUCUAACAGAAUAAAUCCUCGACUGGCCAAGAUAAACCAACCAGAAGCAUCUUUUCUGCUGUAUUCUUCUCUCCCUUUUCUCAACUCCUCAAGAUUGAAGACAGACCUCAACUUGCAUUCAUGCUACAAUAAUCACUUACUCACCUGUACAUUCAGUCAGUUACAUGAUUAUGGGUUGCAAUAUGCUUCUUGCCCCUUUUGUACAUUGCUAUUUAUCUAGAGGAUCGCUCAGGUGAAGUGAUCAUUAAAACCCUUAUUUUGUCUUCCAUUGAUAAAAAAAAGCAUCUUAAUAAACACAUAGUUAGCUGAGUACAUUGUAAGAUAAACAGAUAAGGUUGCACAUGGGGAGAAAUGGUCUCACAUGGAAAAUCCUUUACUGAUUUGCCUAUUUUGUCUCUUUUUUUUUCCAAUUCAGAUUCCCACUUUCUCCACGCUUUUCCACCUCCACACUGGCCUUCAAAAACAGGCAGCCAACAUUUUUAACAUUGACUGUGCUGCACGCCACAGACACAUGAACAGCCUUUGAAAUGUAUUAUCUGUAGGUUGCCUGUUGACACGUUGGUUUGAUUUGCAUACUGGUAUGUUGCAUGUUUUUGCUACAGUCUCCCAAAUACAGCAGGAAUCUUGUGCAUUUGAUCCUGACCAUCUGUGUAACUAAGUAACAUGUCAUCAGAAUGUCUUUAUCUGCAUGUUUUGAUAAUGCUUCUUACUUUUUUCUUCUUGCACCCAAGACCUAUAAUAGUAGCCAUUUGAAAUGUGUUGUGUUAAUAGAUAACUGAAGGUGAAGGUUGGAGUCAAAGUUGUGCAGUGCUUCCGACGUUUUCUGCCAGAUGGCUCCAAACAUGCGUCUGAAUCCUAAUUUGAUUUUGAUAAGGUUAGUAAAUGUUUCAAGUGCACAGGCAUAUCUGUGACACUGGCUAAAAGCAGCCUGAUCCUGUAAGAUAGAGAGGUGUAAAUUGCACUGUGACUCUGAUGACAGAUGAGUCUCUUGCAAUAAAUGUACAGAAAAGUUUUUUUUUCUUUGGAAAGUCUUUUUUGAUGUGUUCACGAAGUGAUGAUUUUGACUCUGUAUCAGUAAAGGCACAUUUUGGAUACACUCAUAAGUAUGUAACUAAUUUUAAAAUUUUACAUGCGUACACAUCCCUUAUGAAGGCACUGAGCUGUAUUUCUACCUCCUGUCUUGCAUAAAACAUUAUUUAUUUGAUGAAAUGUAUAUCUGUAUGGCAGGCUUAACAGAAUAGAGCCUUGAAAGCGAAUAAUAAAUGUAACAAAAUAUGACACUAUUCCAGAUUUUAAAUGCAGUGGCAAAUUGUUCAAUGCAAGUUAUGUAUUUCAAAAUAUGAAAUAAA